CGCCGUGCCUACGAGUUGUACUACUACUUCCUUCCCCUUUCCGUGAUGUCCAGCGCAGAAAGAUACAUCUUCAACUCCAUCAGCUUGGUGUUGGUGUCGCUCGCGUCGUACUACGUGAUGUUUAUUCUCCCCCGUCUCAUGGCGAGGACGCUUGAAUGCUUGUACUACUACGCCACUGGCAACUUCAUCUCCAUCAAC